CUCCUCCUCCUCCUCCUCCUCCUCCUCCUUCUCCUCCUCCUCCGAGCCGGGCAUCAGCAGCUCCGGCAGCAGCCCGGGCAGCGGCGCAGGCUCCAGCGCGCCGGGCCCCGGCCGGCCGCAGCUUCCCGGCCCCUGGGCGCGCCCGCCUCCCGGCCUCCGUGCCUGCCGCCGCCGCUCCGGGGCUGUUGUUUCUGCGGCUGCCCCCCGCCCCGGCUGGAGGGGCAGGAAGCUCGGCCGAGCGGCCGCCGCCGCCAGCCCCGAGCGAGCGAGCGAGCGCGCGGGAGGGAGGAAGGCGGUGGAAGAGGAGGAGGAGGAGCGGGAGGCGCGCGGGCGGGGGCGGGGGCCGCCGGGCGGGGGAAUAUACAAAGUGAAGCCACAUUGCCAAACUUGCAGCAGCGAUUGCAGCAGUUGCUGCCGCUGCGCCGCGCCUGAAGCCGCGCCGCGCGGGCCGAGGGCUCCUGCAGCUGCUCGCGCGGAGCCGGAGGCGGAGGAGAACGCCGAGGACUGAGACUGACACUCCUGCUCCCGGCCGCCCGCCACUUACGCGGGGCCCCCCAACCCAGCCUCAGAGCGACGCGUUAAAAAAAAAAAAAAAAAAAAGGAAAAAAAAAAAAAGCAGCCCUUAGCCCCCUCCUCCCCUUUCCUGCUUCUGCGAGAACAUCCCCCCUCCCUACAGCUCCGCCAGCCCAGGCGCCCCUUCCUUGGAAGCCGAGCGGCUUCGCUCGCUUUUCGCCGCCGCCGCCUCUCGCAGUAUUGCAAUAUAGGGGAAAAGCAGACCAUGGUGAAUCCGGGCAGCAGCUCACAGCCGCCCCCGGUGACGGCCGGCUCCCUCUCCUGGAAGCGGUGCGCAGGCUGCGGGGGCAAGAUUGCGGACCGCUUUCUGCUCUAUGCCAUGGACAGCUACUGGCACAGCCGGUGCCUCAAGUGCUCCUGCUGCCAGGCGCAGCUGGGCGACAUCGGCACGUCCUGUUAUACCAAGAGCGGCAUGAUCCUUUGCAGAAAUGACUACAUUAGGUUAUUUGGGAACAGUGGUGCCUGCAGCGCAUGCGGACAGUCGAUUCCUGCCAGCGAGCUCGUCAUGAGGGCCCAAGGCAAUGUGUAUCAUCUUAAGUGUUUUACAUGCUCUACCUGCCGGAAUCGCCUGGUCCCGGGAGAUCGGUUUCACUACAUCAAUGGCAGUUUAUUUUGUGAACAUGAUAGACCUACAGCUCUCAUCAAUGGCCAUUUGAAUUCACUUCAGAGCAAUCCACUACUGCCCGACCAGAAGCUGCUGCAGUAGAAUCCUCUCCAUGGCUCAACUUGCUGUGGAGCAGAAUUCAGUGUGCCCAUCGCCAAGACCAGAAGUGCUCCCUCACCGUGUCUCACCUCCCGGAUGGACCUUCGGCAGGUGUAUUGUUCUCCACUUAAGCAACGUGCUCCCUUGCACUUGAGCUGGACACAAAGACUUGUCAAAGGCCAUUGCUCCUCGUCCCAUUGUUGAUUUAUUCAACCCUGAAAAAAAAAAAAAACUUAAACAGCCUCUUUUCCUGUUUCUGAGACUCCCGUUGCAUCUGAAUCCAAGGGCUUAGCAGAAGACCUAUACAACCCGUGUUGACAGCAGGAAGAAGUCUCAGAUGGGUAUUCACCCAGUCCUAAAUCCUUAUUUUAGUGAGAGAAAAGCCUUAGACCCUUCCUGUUUUUCCUUCUAGAUCAUUAUUUACCAGAAUACUUUGGGUCCUGAAUCCCGUCCCCGCUAUUUAAUUACCCUUUCUUGUCUGCAGUCACUGUAUCAUACAUAUACUUCUGUUAUUGCCUUCACAUGUAACACAUUAUACAUCCUUUGUUUUUCCAUGGACUAGGAUAAUGGCUUAAUUAUCUGGGAAUCUCCUGUAUCUAGAUCAGCCCUUGGAAUUUAUAUUUUGAGUAAGUGAAUGAAAGAACAAAAGCCAUUUAUUUUGAGUGAAUAGUAAUUAAAUGGACAACGCUGCCGUCUCCAUCUAUCCCUGGCAAAUAAGACGGGAAACAUCCUGAGACUCUUAUAGUUAUGAAAGGAAAACGAAGAGUCUUUCAUCGUAAAGAGGAGAAGACUCUGGGGAUAUUGAUAUGAAGGUACUGGAGCAGGAUCCAGGGCUGGAGUGGAUUUAGAUCUGAGCCCUUGGGUGUCUGUCUAGUGCGUGUUUCAAAGCCAGGAUUUAUAGCUCACUUUCUUUCUACCUUCAGCCAUCCCUUCCCUUUUCUUAACUUUUUCUUAUUGCUCUUACUGAUAGAGACCACAAGUUACUACAACUGUUCUCCGUUCAAACAGGCAGUCCUGUUGUCAGACCAAGUAUCCAAUUGUAGGCUUCAGAAAACGUCUUCCCCUCUCUAGCUUUUCUGUAAGUGUGUGAACUUAGAUUGGGUGGGCUACAUACUAAAAGGGGAAAAUGAGUUUUAAAAUGUAUCAGGGUGUGUUUGCCAAAUAGGAGAGCCAAUAGCUACUUUUGACAGUGGUUAGGGAGAGACUGGGUUUUCCUAAUCACCCCGAAGUCAUCCCUUGUAUCACUGUAACGUCAUUCUUGAGCACCCUAGAAUCCUCUGGUUACCAAUGAAUGGGCAUUUCAAUCCUUACUAGAAGUGCUCAUCCUUUAUUGUGUUCCAUUAAAGCCUCAGGCAUACACCCUG